GUCUCUGUUAAGAGUCAGGUCUCAUCCGCUUUGCCACAGCCAGGAGGUGCUUUAAUGCAUACUAAUGCCGUGAGUUUUGCCAUCCUGGGGAGAGCACAGUGAAUUCUGACUCUGCUGCUGCAUGGAGAGAUAAGAGAGGCUGGGAGGACAAGAGCACAGGACAAUGCUGCUGAAAGGAAUCUGAGCCACAGAGCAUGCGUUGUGCCACAGAUAUCCAGGUGCUGAAUGCUAGCUACAAACCACUUUGUCGAUGAAGGAAGAAACCGAUUGGGAAUCGAAAGCACAAAGUAGUUCAUAAUACUUCAACAUGCGCAAAGGGGUGCCAAAGGACCCAGAAAUAGCUGACCUGUUCUACAAAGAUGAUCCUGAAGAGAUAUUUGUGGGCUUACAUGAAAUUGGGCAUGGAAGUUUUGGAGCAGUUUACUUCGCUACAAAUUCCCACACUAAUGAGGUGGUGGCAGUCAAGAAAAUGUCCUAUAGUGGAAAGCAAACGAACGAGAAAUGGCAGGAUAUCAUCAAAGAAGUCAAGUUUCUCCAACAGCUGAAGCACCCCAACACCAUAGAGUAUAAGGGCUGUUACCUGAAAGAGCAUACAGCAUGGUUGGUUAUGGAAUACUGUUUAGGAUCUGCUUCAGAUUUGCUAGAGGUUCACAAGAAACCACUUCAGGAAGUGGAGAUUGCUGCCAUCACCCAUGGUGCCUUGCAGGGGCUGGCCUACCUGCACUCUCACUGUAAGAUUCAUAGGGAUAUUAAAGCUGGAAAUAUUCUUCUAACAGAACCAGGUCAAGUGAAACUAGCUGACUUUGGGUCUGCAUCUAUAGUUUCCCCUGCCAAUUCUUUUGUGGGAACACCUUACUGGAUGGCACCAGAGGUGAUCCUUGCAAUGGACGAGGGACAGUAUGAUGGGAAGGUGGAUGUCUGGUCUCUUGGGAUCACGUGUAUUGAGUUAGCUGAAAGGAAGCCUCCUCUUUUCAACAUGAAUGCAAUGAGUGCCUUAUAUCACAUAGCCCAGAACGACUCCCCUACCUUACAGUCAAAUGAAUGGUCAGACUCCUUUAGGGGCUUUGUUGAUUACUGCUUACAGAAAAUACCUCAGGAAAGGCCGUCCUCAACAGAUCUGUUACGGCACGAUUUUGUUCGCCGAGACCGGCCGCCAAGGGUACUAAUAGACCUCAUCCAAAGGACGAAGGAUGCGGUGCGGGAGUUGGACAACCUGCAGUACCGGAAAAUGAAGAAAAUCCUCUUCCAGGAGACGCGGAACGGCCCCCUCAACGAGUCCCAGGAAGAGGAGGAGGACAGUGAGCAUGGAUCAAACCUGAGUAGGAAGAUGGACAGUCUGGGCAGCAACCAUUCCAUCCCAAGCAUGUCUGUGAGCACAGGCAGUCAGAGCAGCAGUGUGAGCAGCAUGCAGGAGGUCCUGGAUGAGAGCAGCCCUGAACUGGUCAUGAUGCAUAGUGACGAGAGCACAAUUAAUUCCACUUCCUCCGUUGUCCAUAAGAAGGAUCAUGUAUUUAUAAGGGAUGAGGUGGGCCACAGGGAUCGCAGGCCUGAGGUGCGGCCUACCCAGUCAGUGCAGAAUCAGGCCCUCCACUACCGGAACCGAGAGCGCUUUGCCACAAUCAAAUCAGCAUCUUUGGUUACAAGACAGAUCCAUGAGCAUGAGCAGGAGAACGAGUUGCGGGAACAGAUGUCAGGAUAUAAGCGGAUGCGGCGCCAGCACCAGAAGCAGCUGAUCGCCCUGGAGAACAAGUUGAAGGCCGAGAUGGACGAGCACCGCCUCAAGCUGCAGAAGGAGGUGGAGACACACGCCAACAACUCGUCCAUUGAGCUGGAGAAGCUGGCCAAGAAGCAAGUGGCUGUGAUAGAGAAAGAGGCAAAGGCAGCUGCAGCAGAUGAAAAGAAAUUCCAGCAACAGAUUUUGGCUCAGCAAAAGAAAGACCUGGCGACCUUUUUAGAAAGUCAGAAGAAACAAUACAAGCUUUGCAAGGAAAAGAUUAAAGAGGAAAUGAACGAGGACCACAGCACGCCGAAGAAAGAGAAGCAAGAAAGAAUAUCCAAACAUAAAGAGAACCUGCAGCACACACAGGCUGAAGAGGAGGCCCAUCUUCUCAGCCAGCAGAGACUCUACUACGACAAAAACUGCCGCUUCUUCAAGAGAAAAACGAUGAUCAAGAGGCACGAGUUGGAGCAGCAGAACAUUCGGGAAGAGCUGAACAAGAAGCGGACGCAGAAGGAGAUGGAGCACGCCAUGCUGAUCCGGCACGACGAGUCGACGCGCGAGCUGGAGUACAGGCAGCUGCACACGCUGCAGAGGCUGCGCAUGGACCUGAUCCGGCUGCAGCACCAGACUGAGCUGGAGAACCAGCUGGAGUACAACAAGCGGCGGGAGCGGGAGCUGCACAGGAAGCACUUCAUGGAGCUCCGGCAGCAACCAAAGAACUUGAAGGCUAUGGAAAUGCAGAUCAAAAAGCAGUUCCAGGACACAUGCAAAGUGCAAACUAAGCAGUACAAAGCACUGAAGAAUCACCAGCUGGAAGUAACUCCAAAGAGUGAGCACAAGACAAUUUUGAAGAGUCUGAAGGAUGAGCAGACGAGGAAGCUUGCCAUCCUGGCAGAGCAGUAUGAGCAGAGCAUCAACGAGAUGAUGGCCUCACAAGCGCUACGGCUGGAUGAGGCCCAAGAAGCAGAAUGCCAAGCCCUGAGACUGCAACUCCAGCAGGAGAUGGAGCUACUCAACGCAUACCAGAGCAAAAUUAAGAUGCAGACAGAAGCACAGCAUGAAAGAGAACUCCAGAAGCUGGAGCAACGGGUGUCACUGCGCAGGGCACACCUUGAACAAAAGAUCGAAGAGGAGCUCGCCGCCCUCCAGAAGGAACGCAGCGAGAGGAUCAAGUUCCUGUUGGAAAGGCAGGAGCGGGAGAUCGAAAGCUUUGACGUGGAGAGCUUGCGGAUGGGCUUUGGGAACCUGGUGACCUUAGAAUACCCCAAGGAGGACUAUAGAUGAGAUUAGAGUUCUUUGCCAUUAAAACAAAACGAAACAAAAAAAACCCAACCAAACAGAAAAAAAACAAACAGGAAAACAAAACAAA